CUGAUGAAACUCCAAGAAGGCGACGACGCCAAUUGCCUGGAAGACGCAGCUCUCCUCGUAACAACGUUGAACAUUUGUGGUGGUCGCAUUGGUGACGCUAAGGAGAUACUGUCCGACCAACACUACAUCACUCUCUCCAACCUUAUCAACAACAUCUCUUCCCAGCUUUCACAGUAUAAAUCUAGAAAGACAUCGGCACAGGAACUCUGCAUCGAUGCAGAAAAUGGCAGCAUCAAAUACAUGGAGAUAGAAAAAGAGAUGCAGAAACUGGUGCAGCUGGUCUAUGAAGAACCAACUGGCAUCAACAAGGGCAUCAAACAAACGUUUUUAUUAGUUGCCAAAGCACUCUACUAUGAUGCCUAUUUUCCUGCACAAACUGUUGACAGUCAUAUGUCUAAGGUGCUUUUUGUGCCCGUGCCCUGAUUCUUACCAUUAUGUCCGAAAUACUCUUUUAAUUUGUUCUUUCCAGUUGUUAAUUCUUGUCUGUGUUAAUUAAUGAUGUGAUUUUUGCAUGUAUGCAAAAUUCGAUUAGAACAAAGG